AUGAAUUCUGUGAAAAAGGUCGAAGUUGGGGGACCGAUCAGAGAUGCAACAGAAAAUCGAGAAAGGGCGGCCAUUCCACAAGGAGUUACCGAACCGUUGAUAGCAGCACAACGAAUGGAAGCGACCGCUCUCUCAAAUACCACAACCACUUCAACGUUUGAAACUGUUAUUGAAAGGGCUCCAUUCUACAAACGACCAAGAAAUAUCUUUGUGGUGCAUACGCUCUUUUACCUCCUUUACAUGGUUCUUUAUGGACUAUUUCUGCAAUACAUGUAUUCACUCGGAAGGAACUUUGAAAACUCUGAGAUUAACUGGAAGCUGAUUGGAUGGGCUUUUGGAUUGCUUUUCUGGCAACUUACUUUCAUCUGGGAAACCUAUGUUGUCGAAGUUCGAGGCAGUUCUCUAUCCUAUUCUUCCCUCUAUUGGAACUAUCACCGAUACACACUUCUCCAUUGGAUCUUCCUCGUUAUAAACACAAUACCAUUAGCAAUUCUCUUCAUCUGUACUCUGUUAGAUAGUUAUCAACGAAUUCAAAUAACUCCAAAGAAAGAAUGGUUGAUUCUGUUUUACGAAUUCUUCUUCUACCUCAAUUUUAUCUACACUUCUCUUCGAUCUCUCCUCAUUUUGACAAUCUCCUCAUUCUUUGGAACGAUCAUUUUCACAAUUGAAAACAUGUUUAAAACGUUUUUCAAAUUUGCGCCAGUGAUCAUCGUGUUUUGGUUGGUUUACUCGACAGUUCAGUUAUCCUUAACAGAUGUCACAUCUGAUAAGAACUUUGUUUGGGCUAUGUUUAUUCAUGGAGCUUUCGAGUUGGUGCAAGAUACACAAGACGAGACAAAGAAUGGAAGUAUUCAAUCGGUGGGAAAUGUGGAAUGCCCAAAUGAGACACAAUCGGUGCUAGGAAAACAGUGCUUUCUCCGUCGCGGAAUGGCCCCAGUUGUUCUCUUCUUCUACAUCAUGGGAGCCAGUGUUCUUGUCAUCAACAUCCUAACAACGCUUAUCAACCAACAAUAUGAUGAUGCACAAGCUAGAGCAAGCCAUCACUGGAAUAGCCGAAAGUUGAGAAGAACGAUGCUUUAUCAGAAAAGUCAUCUACCACCACCAUUCAACAUUUUCGUUGACUUUGGAGCUUAUCUGAUAGGCCUUUGCAGUGGAGAGGGGAUUAACAAGCUUCGUAGACUCAAGGAGAAAAACAGCGAUCAGCAUUGUUAUUCAGCCAAGGUUCAAACCCCACCUGCUACGAGCUCUUCAAACAUUGAAAGCGGCAAUGGAAAUCAAAAUGACAAUAUCCCACUUGUGGAUGCUGAAGAGGACAGUUCGACAGAUAGAAACAGUCUGCUUGAUACAAAAGUCAACGUUGAAGGAUUCGAUUACGUGAAGGAAACUGGAUCACAUGGAAAU